AUGGCUAAAAAGAAGAAAAUCAACACGUCUUUCCAGCCCGCCCAGAAGCUCACGUACGCGGUUGACGUCGUGAGCACGACUAGCGACACAAUCAUCACCUGCCGCUGCAAGAUCUGUGAGCUCCUUGGUCGGGACCCCAUUGUGAUCGGGUUGUCCAGCAGCCGUAAGCGCAAGUCGCAUAGUAGCGUCCAGUAA